AUGUUGCGAGGCCAAAGCUACCGCACCCAGUUUGGCAAAGAUACAAUGAGAUACCUCCUGGAUAAACUCAAGAGGGAUUUGAAAGCGGAAGGUCGUGACUGCUAUGACGAGUCAGACUUCACGUCAGCAUUUUCUUACUUCUCACAAUGUUUGGAGGUCUCUCGGGUGUUGCACAACGAUGGCUUCUACAGUUGCACAGGAGGUUUCAACAGGAGUGCCAUAGACGGGGAUUUUGUGCGCAAGGUCUACACCAAUAGAGCGGCUUGUUCGUGGAAGCUGGAUGACUACGAACUGGCCAUUCAAGAUUGCAACAAAGCUCUGGAAAUCAUACAAUCGGCAGUUCUUCCCCUGGAGAGUAGCCAAAAGCCCCUGUACUGGAAGGCUCGUGCACUGAAGGCACGCGGCCUUUACUCAGAAGCAUGGCACACUGCAGAAGAGUGCAGACAGAUAGCUUCCUCGGAUUCACCUAUACACGCACUGAUGAACGAAAUCCGUCCUCUGCUUCCACCCUAUGGAAAUUCUGAACAAACAUCUGGAAAUACAAGUAACUCGACAAAUUUUAAGACUAAGAAGCAACAGUUAAAAGAAGAGCAGAGGAGGAGACAAAAGGAAAUGGAGGAGAUUGCCUGCGACCUCGAGGAAAAGGCAGAAAAGGAAGCCUUGAGGCAGGAAAAGGAAAAACAGAAAGCCUUUGGGCGAGACAAAUUAAAACUUCGAACUGAGGUUUUUGUGCGGCACAAAUCGUUGACAGUUGACAGCGGCAUGGGAGAAAACUUUGAUGCAGACUUCGGCAACAAUGAAAACACGAAGGCGAAAAUCAAAGAAGAUAGGAAAAGGGGGAAGAAGAAGCUUAAUGGCGAGAGAGAGGAAGGAAAGCGUGAUGAGGACUCAAAAAUCGAGAGUAAACACGGCUUGCAUGAGAUCAAGCCUAACGGCGACCUUGCCGGCAGAACCACCAACUCUUGUCCUCCAAUAGAGCCUACUGAUGAGGUUGUUGCCAAUCUGCGCAGAGGUGUUUAUGACUACAAGCUAGCGUGCGAUAUCUGCUAUCCUAGAGACGAGAACAAGCACGGUGCAGGAGCGCACUCUUACGUACAAAAUAAGAAGCACACCUGCGGCGAAAACGUUCUCCUCGCCCGAAAGAAGAACACCCGUGGCGCAUUUAAGAAAGUCCGUCCGCGUCCGCAGCACGCUAACGCUUUCUUCGGAAAGUACAAGCUUUGCCAAAAGUUUCAGUCGUCAUUGCCGUGCAUGCCGACAGAGUCAAGGUGCACCUCCACCCAUAGUGACAUAGAAAUUGAUCUCUGGACGAGAGAGCGCCAAGGAAAGUUCAACCGUGAUGAGUUGAUGUUUCAGCUCAGCAAACCACUGGACAGCGAAGCUGACGCUGUGCAACAACUGCGAGAGAAACAUGGUGGCAUCUUCCGAUCCAUGUGCAAACCCUGCUUUCAAAGUAGCCCUACGGUCAUCAGUGACUCUUCGGAAUGCAGUUCGGAACACCUCCUAGAAGGACAACACCAAGAGGAUAUUGAACUUCUGGUCCACGCCAGAGAAACGAGUAAAGGAGAGACUCGCUUUACUUCCAUAUACCCGUUGCCUCACUUCAAAGCGAAUUACAUCCCGCUAUUCUGUAAAUUUAGGGAUAGGUGUAUCAAAAGAGGCGGACGGUGCGGACGGGCGCACAGCCAAGUCGAGAUGGACGUUUGGAUGCUGGAGAGGAAGUACGGGACGCCACAACGGCAGCUGGUCAACGGCUCAACAGACGCAACCGCCUGCCGGCCAGUGGAAAACGUGGACUGUCAACAACAACAACAUGCCAGACCAUCAUCCCCCGCCUCCCCUCAAGCUUCUCCGCGUACUUCAGGCUUCCCUCUCCUCCGACCGUGGAUCAGUCAGUACUACUGUAACCUGUGUCACAAGACCUGUAACGGCAGGGUGACGUUCGACCAGCACUGUUCCUCCGAGGGACAUCAGGCCCGCCUCAGGUCAGACGCCAGCGACAACUGGCAGUACCGCCGCCCGCCGUGGAUUGGACGAGACGAGGAGUACAGACUAUGCAAGGGCCAUGCAGCCGGCUCCUGUCAGUACGAUGGAGUUGAAGACAGACACAACAUCUGUCCGGAAGCGCACAGCCAAGAAGAACUGGACGAGUGGAAGGAGAGACGGCAGCACCGGUGGCUCAACAUGGAAAUGGCGCGGAAACAGAACCUGUUCUCCUACAUGGACAAACUGUGGGACGAGUAUGGGAAGACCACAGAUGGACCAUCAAUAAUUGCAGACUCGCUGGAGGGAGUCAGUAUUACCUGUACCCGGGAGGAGAGCGCUCUGUUAGAAACAAAGGGAGAAACGUGCACGUGGACUUUCACUGUGACUUCUAAGGAGCCGUUAGAACAUGUUGCGUUGCUUUUCAAUGAGCACAGAACACACUUCUGUUUGUAUGGAACAGAAUUAGAGGGGAACUGCCAAGUCGCGGAGGGAAAACAAUUUCCACGUCCCUCUGACGACACCUACAUUGUCGAAGUCCGGGGCACGUCUCAGAUGUUCGGGGUUUUCCCCCAAUGGGUCAUUUUUGACUUCGGAAAACGACCAGUGGUUAAGAGGUGUUUGUGGUUGUACGUGGGUAGUUUAGGUCCGGACAUCGCGCAAGUCAUUCCCGCUCCACCGGACUUCGAACGCUGGCACAGUGGGAACAAGAGUAUCGUCAAGUUUGCCGAAGAACUCAACCCAGCGGAUCAGGCACUGCUGGCGAAGUACAAAGAACCGACGGAGGAACCAGGGGAAGUUUUGGCAAGACUCUCGCGGCGUAAGAAAGAGUUGGACGAGACGGUCUACAAGACGCGCAUGCACAACCUUCUGUAUCUCGAAGAGCUGACAAGAACCAGCGAAAUUGACAGUAUCCGCAAAGAGACAACCCUGGAGCUGUCCGACCGUAUAUCAGACGGUAUUCUGCUGUUCGCUGAGGGAGGCACGCUGUACACCAAGCUCCAUCUACAGGACCAGCUCAGCGAGGACGGGCCGGCAGGGAAACUCAUCCUCACCAACGUCAACACCGUUCUACUGGCUCCGAAAGGGAGCAAUACUAACAAGGUCUAUGAAGCUGCCAUCGUCCAACUGAAGGGGUUUGAAGGGCGGCGAAAAGACGAGAUUUACCUCCAGCUGUCCAGCCGCUGCUGCCAAGACCUGAACCUCAGCUCCGGAACAACAGUGGAGUUUGAAGUCCGUUUCCAACUCAACCGCUUACAUUUCUGCUACAUGCACUUCGCUGUGGACAACAUGGCGGCGCUUCACGCCAUCUUCCCCAGCAGGGCGGACAUGUCGUGGUCCUGGGUGAGGGUGGGGGAGGCCUCGCGGCCGACACGCCAAGUGCAGGACGCGCAGCUUAACGCGAGACAGAGGACCGCUGUUACCCGCAUCAUGAGCGGGACAGGGGACACUAACCCACCGGUGGUGCUGUACGGCCCUUUCGGUACAGGCAAGACGAGGACGAUGGCUUCGGCCGCACUUCAGAUUCUCCAGCAGCCGGGCACGAAUGUCCUCAUCGCGACACACUCCAAUAGCGCUGCUGACUUGUACCUGAAAGAGUACAUCCACCCAUACGUCACAUCCGGUCAUCCCGAGGCGACACCGUUACGCGUGUACUUCAAAGGGCGCCGCCUGGAGACCGUAGACGACACCGUCAUGCAGUACUGCAAACUGGACCCCGACAAGACGUCGUUCGACAUGCCCGAGAUGGAAGACAUCAUAAAGCACCGAAUCGUCAUCGUCACCCUCACCACCUCCAUGUACCUGAUCCGGAUGGGCAUCAAGCGGGGACACUUCACUCACAUCCUGCUGGACGAGGCAGCGCAGGCCAUGGAGUGUGAGACCCUCCUCCCGCUCUGCCUCGCCGAUUCCACCACGCGUAUCGUCCUCUCAGGGGACCACAAACAGAUGAGCCCGAAAGUAUACUCCACAGAGGCGUGCGACUUAUCGUUUGACAAGUCCUUGCUGGAGCGGAUGGUGCAAAGGUACAUCAGGCUCACGAAGGGUCCGACAGAGAAAGCGGAAAAUCCCUUCCUUGUCAUGCUGACGGACAACUACCGCUGCCGCGAGGAGAUUCUCCGGUUCCUGUCGGAAAGUUUCUACGGAGGGCUGAAGAGCAUGGGCCAGCCUCGACAUCCGCGGUGGUACCCGCUCACCUUCUUCAGCGCCGAGGGAGACGACAAGACGGGAGACUACAGCACAUCGUACUUCAACAUGGCUGAGGUGUUGGAGAUCUCAGAAAGAGUAGAGCAGCUGGUGAAAGACUGGCCGGAGGAGUGGGGUGAACUGAAGCUGGGAGACAUCGGAGUCAUCACACCAUACCACAAUCAGACACAACUAAUCCGGAAAGAGCUGCGUCGUAAACGUUUGGGUGGCGUUACUGUGGAAAUGGUAACCAACAUCCAAGGUAAGCAGUUCAGGGCAGUCUUCAUCAGCACGGUCAGGAGACUCAGGACCAGAGCACCCUGUGACCCGAAGAACGACAAGAACAGCUACGGCUUCCUGUCAGACAGUAAGCUCCUGAACACCGCCAUGACCAGAGCGCAGUCCCUGGUCGCCGUGGUAGGCGAUCCACACGCGCUCUGUUCACGAGGAGCAUGCCAGCGAGUCUGGCAACACUUCAUCUCCGCAUGUGAGAAGAACAAGAGUCUGUUCCCAGAGACCCUCACCAGGAGCCAAAUCUACGAAACAACUGAGAGCACGACUCUCAACCCAGAGGCACAGCCUUUCACUCCAAGAGGUCCUACAGCUUCCAGGACACAGAAUCAGGGGGUCUCAUCACUUGGCACUACACCAGGAUCACUUGACAAGCCACUCACGAAAGUAGAUGAGCCGGACGAAAUCAUCAGACAGCUCAUUCUUGAAAGUCUAGAAGACGAGAACGAAGAAGAAGCAAGGCGUUUCAAAGCCCAGACGUUCGACCCCGACAAAGUGACCGUGGUGCCAAGCCAAAGGGACCCAUCGCAAGUCUUUUUGCACUACAGGUCAGGACAACGGGCAAGUGUGAGACGCCCAGCCCCGUCAAGACUGCAGAGACCCCGCCUGGGAGCAGACGACGCCGAUAGGGAGUACGACUCCGGUGAGGAUGAGCCGUAUGACCCCACACAGCUUGAAGUCCAAGAAGAGAGCGACAACAAAUGCUUCUAUACGAAUUACUCACCGGACGAACUGGAAAACCUUCUCCGAACUGAACCAGACCGGUACCGAAGAUGUAGGCUGAUCGUGAAGGGAACUUACACAGCGUACGGUGAAAUCAUUGGUACAGACGAAAACGACAUAGAGAUCAACGGCAGAAAGAACCGAGGGCUGGGCUGGACAAAUGACGAGGUGGUGGUGGAAAUUCUCGAGAACGCUGAUGACCCAGAGUCGGAAGUAUUCAUGACUAAAUCAGACACCAAGAAAGGCAGAGUCGUGGGGGUCCUCAAAUCAGCAGUCUCCUUGCGCCUGAGGAAGUUCGUCUGUGUUGUUGACAGCAAUAACACUAACGUAAUGGUCCCCAUUAAUGCCGAGGUACCAAAACUAGUGACCUACUACGGCAAAGACAACAGACGACAGAAUAAAGUACGUGUGCACAGCUACAUGUCGGACGCUUCAAUCAAGUUCAAGAAGUAUGAAGACAUCGACCCCAGGAAUCCUUACAAGAAGUUGUUUGUCGUGAGAUUCCUGAAGUGGACGCCGAGGUACGUCUACCCCCUGGGCCUAGUGACUGAUGUCAUCACCCCAGAUAGCACACUGGAAACAAGCAUGGAAAUACUCAACCACAAAUUCAACGUGCCCAGCAAAUACAGGGGGAAAGUCGAGGAGGACGUCAACAAACGGUACUUCGUAGAUUGGCAGAUCCCGCCGAAGGAGAGAAAUCAGAGAAAGGACUUGACCAGAACACACACAGUGUUCACUGUAGACCCACCAGAAGCCAAGGAUUUGGACGACGCCUUCAGUGUGGAGGAUAACCUCGAUGGAACCUACACUGUCGGAAUACACAUCGCUGAUGUCAGCUAUUUCCUCCCGGCUGGAAGUGAUUUAGACAAGGAGGCUAAGGAGAGAUCCACUACUCUCUAUCCACACACUGGGAAAGAACCUGUCCACAUGAUCCCCAAAGGGCUAAGUGAAGGGGUGUGCAGUCUGCUACCCAACAGAGAUCGCCUGGCCCUGUCACUGUUUGUGACCUUUAACCGUGAUGGGGAUACUGUUGACGAACCGAAGAUAGAGAGGUGUGUUAUUCAUUCUCGGGCGAAGCUGAGCUAUGCACAAGCAGAGGAUAUCAUAGCCGGGUGGGGCUCCUUGUCCGUACCGCAGGAGGUGCAAGACAGUGUCCGCAUACUGCACACAAUCGCAGCGGCCCGGCGGCAGAAGAGGUUGGGUCCAGCGCACCUGUACCACCAGCCAGACGAGGACAAAGACAGAGCAGUAAGAGCUCACACAAUGGUGGAAGAAAUGAUGAUCCUAGCCAACACCACAGUGGCUCGGGUCUUACUACAAAAGUUUCCACAGACCACGCCUCUUCGUAAACAGCAGCCGCCGAAGCAGGAGAAGCUUGAGAACUGGAGAAGACAUCAUGCUGGCCUCUCCGGCCAUUCCGUCGAGCUGUCCAAGACAUUGCCAAGUGAUGAGACUACGGAUACACCACCCGGCGACAUCCCGUUACGUAAAGAUAUCUGGGAUGAGAUCAGAUUUGCUGCUUUGAGUGGAGACCUUGACACAAUACAGCAGCUGGUGUGCACGGAUGAGAAUCACCCAACCCUGGCUAGAGCAUUGCUGCAGCUGCGUGGCAUUCAGGACAGAGCCGUGUUCAAGUGUUCAGUCAAUAACGAGCCCGAAGAUAAUGGCCACUUCUCUUUGAACCAAUCAGCGUACACCUACUUCACGUCACCUAUUCGCAGGUACAUCGACGUCGUAGUCCAUCGUCUUCUCGUGACUUUGAUUGCAAAACAACCUUCGACAUACACCUCGGACGAUAUAACGGAAAUCUGCAGUCACUACAACAAUAUGGAGAACACCGCAAAGACCUACGAACGGGAGACGUUGAUCUUGAAGUUGGCUUAUGAUUGGAUGUGUAAACCGGAAGUCAUCUACUCUGUUAUUGAUAAUGUGAAUGAACAGGAGAUACAACUCCUCAUGCCGUCUGUACGUAACACAGAGUCGCGUCAGCGGCGAGUUGAGUUCAGCCUACUGAAACCGGCAUCUCUGCCAAGCCCUGAAGAAGAGGGGGAAUCAGUUGAGGUACGCUGGAAACAGCGAAUCUACGACACCGCACCAGACAAGACCCAACUGCCCUGGCCUUCAGACCGUAAAAGGCCCCUACAGCUCGACAGUGAGAAGUAUGUGAUAAGGAUACCUGGUCAGUAUUGGCAAAGGCUUGUCCAACAUGUACAGGCGGGAAAUAUGGACCUCAUAAAAGGAGUCGUAAACUACGACGUCGUUGCCCCACAAGGGGGGCCGCGAAGUUUUGACGAAGUAUCAUCGGAAGCGAGGGAAGGCCCAAUAGCCGACCACUUCUGUACCUUCCAGAUGACGUACAAGCCAGGACAGGUGGUCAAGGUGCAGCUGACGGGAGACAUACGGAAGGGUCUUCUGUCACCGUGCAUCCAGCUCUUCAACCUGACGCCGAAGAUGGACGUCUGCCUCGACCACAGACGGGACGCAGUGACACGGUUCGCCGUGCCCGCCACGCGGUCUGUGGCCAACAUACCGAGAUACGGGUCAGUCCGAGCGUACCAGGAACGCUGGUUGCCCAUCAUGGCAGUGGAAGCCGCUCACGGAGCCGUGGAUAACAACGAGUCAGUCGUCGUCCACGGUGUGUACAUCAGUUGGACAAAACAACAGCAACAACAAACUGGGAGUGCGGAGUACUUUGGUCAGAUUACUCUCUCACAGAAGUUCUGCAAGGACCGCUGUAUUUAUUUCAACCAGGAGAACCAGAGCAAUCUCAAGGCAGUUAAUGAAGCCGGGAAGCAUCUGGACUACAUCUGCGUGCGUUAUACCGGUGUGAGGGCUGCCAUGACUCGUGACGGUCGCUUUGACAUCGCUACGGACAAGACUGAAGAGAAAUCCCCGCCGCUCGUCUGUUGGGUGGGCCACUGCCUGGUGAUGCCCGGGGUGAAGGGCGGUAAACGUGACGACGUCACAGUCCCUAUCAGACUUCACCAGCACCUCAUGGCGUUCCCUGACGCUCUCCUGCACCACGGCUCGACUAUUCCCGCAACGAUAGAGAUCAUCACCAAGACUCUACCUGACAGGCGCAUGGAGAACGCAGUAAGGUGGCUGAGCGGCUCUUCAGACCUAGUCCAGCAAAUCGCCACGGGCAAACCUAUUACUGCUGAAGACAAUCCUUUGGCGAGUGAAGUUACCAUCAAGACGCUGCCAGCCUUCUUUCCGCUGAACCAAGGGCAGGGGGAAGCCGUGAAACGGGCUAUCAGAAAACCGUUCACUCUCAUCCAGGGACCGCCAGGUACUGGGAAGACCGUGACAGGAGUCCACAUCGCGUACUACCUGGCCCAGAUGAACAAACUGAUCCAGUCAGUGUCGGCAGAAGGGAUGUACCCUCCCCAGGUCCUGUACUGUGGACCUUCCAACAAGGCAGUGGACGUAGUGACUGGAUACAUGAAAAGGAUAAGUGAAGAUCUGAAGGAAGAUCUGAAGAUCGUUCGCAUGUACAGCGAUAUGAUAGAGAGAGAAGAGUUCCCCAUCCCGAAUGAGCCGGUACACCCGAAUAAGUGCAGAAGCGAGAAAGAGUCGAAGAUCACGAACGAACACGACGACGUGUCGUUGCAUCACCUCAUCCGCAAACCCGGCAAUCCUCACGCCGAGGCCAUCAGGGAAUUUGAGACUCGCUUCAGAGAUCCAAACUACACCGUGACAGAAAAAGACAUCAAUGACUACAAAGACCGAAUUACGAAAGCCAAGAUUCAUGAGCUGAGACAGAAGCACGUGAUCCUGUGCACCUGCACGGCUGCGGCCAGCCCCAAGAUGGGCAUGGCGACCAACAUCGAGCAGUGCAUCGUGGACGAGUGCGGCAUGUGCACAGAACCGGAGAGCUUCGUGCCCAUUGUUGGGGCUCCAGUGGAACGAAAUGAGUCCACGACAUUCCACAACCCGAAGCAGGUGAUUCUGAUCGGUGACCACCAGCAGCUGAGACCCGUCGUUCUGGAGAAGUCGUCACAACAGCUCGGGUUGGACACGUCACUGUUCCAGCGGUAUUCAUGGAUGGCGACCAUGCUGACGACACAGUACCGCAUGCACGUAGCCAUCUGCAGUUUUCCUUCCCGAGAGUUCUAUGAGAACAAACUCCGUACUCACCAGUCCGUCACGGCGAGGCCCCGGCACCCUACCCUGGACGGGCUGUGGCCGGGAGGUGCGGGCAGACCCACGGCCUUCUGCCACGUGGUCGGCAGGGAAGAGGUCCAGACGGUGGCAACGGCGGAGGGCAACCAGAUGUCACGGAGCAACGAGAUGGAAGCUGACAUGGCGGUGAAGAUGGCGAUCUCUUUGGUGAAAGAACACAAAAUCCAGCCUGAAAACGUCAUCCUGUUGUCCCAGUACCGCGCACAGUGUGCGCUUCUCUACAAGAAGCUGUCAGCAGAAAGGAGGAAACUGAACGACGAGCGACUGGAGAGGGUUGGAGUCAACUCAGUGGUCGCUAGUCAAGGAAGCGAGUGGGAUUACGUCAUAUUUUCCACGGUAAGGUCUCUGCCGUCGUAUGAGAUCGAACACAACCCUUCCCCCAGCUGGCUCCGGAAGUACCUGGGUUUCAUCACGGACCAGAACCAGGUGAACGUCGCCAUCACCCGAGCCAAGAGAGGACUGUGUAUUAUCGGUAACAAGAACCUACUGAGGGUCCAUCCUCUUUGGAGCAAGCUGAUCACCGAAUACGAAAAUCAGAAGUGCCUUGUGAACAACUCGAACUUCAUGGCCCUUCCCCCGUCCCAACAGAAUGCAUGGACAGGGGGAUCUUAGCAGACUCAGUUUAGUUUUCAAACAUUUCUCCUAUUACGUUAGUGCCGUGUUUUUGUGUGUGUUGUGAUUUCGUUACUUUGGCCAGAAUGCUUCUACUGAUAAAUAAAUGUAAAUAAA